AGGAACAGAGGCACCAGGCUCGCUCUCGCCCAGUGCUGCUCAGGAGGGAAGAGUGGAGAGGCUUUGCUCCUAAGGAUAUUUACUGGAUGUGGCUGGUCUGAAGAAAUAGAGAGAAAAAAGCCACAAGUACUAAAAAAAAGACCAAAAAACCAAAACCCAGAGCAUCUAUUAUAGGCUAAUGCUGGGAAGACAGAAAUUGCCUCAUUAACCUAAGUGAGUGGGGGAGAGACAGAAGAAUACCUUCAAAAUGGAGGAAGAAGAAUAUGAGGAAGUAGUGGAGUACUACAUUGAAGAGACAAUUAUUGAGGAGGGUGAACCACAUGAGGUGAUCACUGAGGUCACCGAGACUGUUAGCACAGACUUCACAGGUCCUAAAACUAUCACCUAUACUGUUGAGCGUGAAGAAACUGCUGUUGGUGAUGCAGCACCUCCAGUCAGAAAGAAGACAAUACGGACAAAAGUGGACCCGUCUAAGUUUUUGACACCUUAUCUACAACACAGUAAUAAAAUGAAGGACCUAUUCAGUGAGAACAAGUACAAAGAAAAAUUUAGAAAAGAAAAAGGAAAGCCAUAUGCUUCCACGAUUGAUACCCCGGAAAUUCGGAGAAUCAAGAAAGUGCAAGACCAGCUCAGUGAGGUUAAAUACCGCAUGGCUGGUGAAGCUGCUAGAACUAUUUGCCACAUUGAUGAAAAGGCCAAGGAUAUAGAACAUGCAAAGAAGGUGUCACAGCAAGUGAGCAAGGUAUUAUAUAAACAGAACUGGGAGGAGAAUAAGGACAAGUACCUGCUUCCCCCUGAUGCUCCAGAGCUUGUGAAUGCAAUAAAAAACACAGCAAUGUUCAGUAAGAAACUCUAUACUGAAGACUGGGAAGGAGACAAAACAUUAUUCUAUCCGUACAAUGACAGUCCAGAGCUCAGAAGGGUGGCACAGGCUCAAAAGUCUCUGAGUGAUAUUGUCUACAAAAAAGGGCAUGAUGAACGAAAAUCUAAAUAUACUUCUCUGCCAGAUCCACCUGAUGUGGAACAAGCCAAGAAAGUGACAAGACAGCUGAGUGAUAUUAUUUACCACAAGGACUAUAAAGACAAUAUUAAAGGCAAGUGGAGUCAAACUCCAUGCUAUGAUGUUGCAGUUGCGAAAAUGAAUGCAGAAAAUAUAAGUAUGAGAAAAUACCAGGAAGACUUUGAAAACAUCAAAGACCAAAUAUACUUUAUGCAGACUGAAACUCCAGAAUAUGAAGCUAAUAAGCGACUUUCAGAUAAUGUCAGUAAGAUAAAAUACAGAGCAGACUAUGAAAAGAACAAAGCUGUUGCAGAUUAUAAUGUGCUUCCUGCUACAGAGAACCCGUUGCUGAGGCAAUUAAAAGCUGCAGGAAAUGUGCUGAGUGAUAAAUUAUACAAAGAAGCCUAUGAACAAUCAAAAGGAACCAGCAUGAAUUACUGUGACACACCAAAGUUCCAGAUUGAUACUGUUCUGAAGAAUUUUAGUGAUGUAAAAUAUAAAGAUGCAUAUCAAAAGAAUAUUUUAGGACACUAUUUGGGCAGCUUUGAGGACCCACAUCAUACACACUGCAUGAAAGUUGAAGCUAUGAAGAGUGAUAAAAAUUACAAAGCAGAUUAUGAGGAGGAAAAGACAAAAUGCUACUUCCCUCAGACCAUAACUCAAGAGUAUGAAGCUAUUAAGAAGUUAGACCAGUGUAAAGAUCACACCUACAAAAAGCAUCCUGAUCAAACCAAAUUUACUCAGGUGACUGACUCUCCAGUACAGAAGCAAGCACAGAUCAAUAGCAAACAGCUGAGUGAUAUAACGUAUAAAUCCAAAGGUGAAGAAAUUAUUCACAAGUACCACCUCCCUCCAGAUGUGCCCCAGUUUAUACAGGCUAAAGUUAAUGCCUACAAUAUUAGUGAUAACUAUUACAAAACGGGAUUGGAAGAAUUAAAAUCAAGGGGUUAUGAUCUAAAAAGUGAUGCUAUUCCUAUCCGAGCUGCCAAGGCUGCUAGGCAGGCUGCCAGUGAUGUUAACUAUAAAAAAGCCUAUGAACUUGCCAAGGGUAAACUUGUUGGCUUCAAAAGCCUCCAAGAUGAUCCCAAACUCGUUCAUUAUAUGAAGGUAGCCAAGAUGCAGUCAGAGCGAGAGUACAAGAAAGAUUAUGAGAAAACAAAAACUAAGUACAAUAUUCCACUGGAUAUGGUCAAUGUUGUUGGUGCCAAGAAGGCUCAAGAGAUUGCCAGCAAUGCUAAUUACAAGAACCCCCUACACCACUAUACUUACUUACCAGAUGCAAUGAAUGUGGAGCUGACCAAAAAUAUGAUGGAGAUUCAGAGUGAUAAUGCAUACAAAGCAGAUUAUAAUAACUGGAUGAAAGGUAUUGGUUGGAUCCCCAUUGGCUCACUAGAAGUAGAAAAAGCUAAAAAAGCUGGAGAUGCCUUGAAUGAAAAGAAAUAUCGCCAGCAUCCAGACACCAUUAAAUUUACAAGUGUGGUGGACUCUCCAGUAAUGGUCCAAGCUAAACAGAAUUCAGUUCAACUCAAUGAUAAACUAUACAGAUCUUCUGGAGAGGAAGUUAAACAUAAAUACACUCUUACCCCAGAUGUCCCACAGUUUAUCCAGGCUAGAUACAAUGCAGCUAAUGUCAGUGAUGCAUAUUAUAAACAAGGCUACCAUGAUCUAAUAGCUAAAGGGAACAAUGUGUCACUCGAUGCUAUUCCAAUUACUCGAGCCAAGGCUUCAAGAAACAUUGCUAGUGAUUAUAAAUAUAAAGAAGCAUAUGAAAAGGCUAAAGGAAAACAGGUUGGUUUCAGAAGCCUGCAAGAUGACCCUAAGCUUGUCCACUACAUGAAUGUAGCAAAGAUUCAGUCUGAGCGUGAGUACAAGAAAGACUAUGAGAAGACCAAGACUAACUAUCAUACACCUCCUGACAUGUACAGUAUCCAGGCUGCUAAACAGUCUCAGGAUGUAGCUUCUAAUGCCCACUACAAAAAUCUGAUCCAUCACUACACUUAUCUGCCGGAUGCCAUGGACGUUGAGCUGGCAAAGAACAUGAUGCAAAUUCAGAGUGAUAAUGCAUACAAACAAGAGUAUAACAGCUGGUUCAAGGGUAUUGGAUGGAGUCCUCUCGGUUCACUGGAUGUUGAAACAGCUAAAAAGGCUGGAGACGCAUUAAAUGAAAAGAAAUAUCGUCAGCACCCGGACACCAUCAAAUUUACAAGUAUACCAGAUUCAAUACCAAUGGUUUUAGCUCAGCACAACACCAAGCAACUGAGUGAUGUAACCUAUAAGCAAGAGGGUGAAAAAAUGAAACACAAAUACACCCUGGAUCCUGAUGUUCCUCAGUUUAUUCAAGCCAGGGUCAAUGCCUUCAAUCUGAGUGAUGCUAACUACAAAGCAGACUGGAAAAAAACCAUUGCCAAAGGAUAUGAUCUGAAACCAGAUGCCAUUCCUAUUAUUGCUGCUAAAGCUUCUCGAAAUAUUGCAAGUGAUUACAAGUACAAGGAAUCAUAUGAGAAAGAAAAAGGCAAACAGGUUGGAUACCGUAGCCUGCAGGAUGAUCCUAAACUUGUUCAUUACAUGAAUGUGGCCAAAAUGCAGUCAGAUCGUGAGUACAAGAAGGAUUACGAAGUUACCAAGACCAAAUAUCAUACUCCUUUGGAUAUGUUCAGUGUGAUGGCUGCCAAGCAAGCCCAGGAAGCAGUUACAAACACUGGUUAUAAACAGCCAAUUCACAAUUACACACUCUUGCCUGAUGCUGUGAAUCUGGAACUAUCAAGGAAUGUGAUGCAGCUUCAGAGUGAUAAUGUGUACAAAGCAGAUUUUAAUAACUGGUUGAGAGGAGUUGGCUGGAUACCAAUUCAGUCACUGGAUGUAGAAAAGGCCAAAAAAGCUACAGAGAUUCUCAGUGAGAAGAAGUAUCGUCAGCACCCAGACAAGCUGAAGUACUCUAUUACAAUGGAUGCAAUGGAACAAGUGCUAGCUAAGCAAAAUGCCAAGACCAUGAAUAAGAGGCUCUACACCGAUAAAUGGAACAAAGAGAAGACCAGCAUUCAUGUUAUGCCAGAUACUCCAGAAAUUCUGCAGUCUAGAGUGAACCAGGUCACAAUGAGCAAUAAACUUUACAAAGCUGCAUGGGAGGAAGACAAGAAGAAAGGUUAUGACAUGCAGCCAGAUGCUAUUCCAAUAAAAGCAGCCAAAGCCUCCAGAGACAUUGCAAGUGAUUAUAAAUACAAACUAGCCUACGAAAAAGAGAAAGGAAAGCAUAUUGGGUUCCGUAGCCUUGAAGACGACCCCAAGCUGGUGCACUUCAUGCAGGUGGCUAAGAUGCAGUCUGAUCGUGAAUACAAAAAAGGUUAUGAAAAGUCAAAGACUAAUUUCCAUACUCCAGUUGACAUGGUCAGUGUUGUGGCAGCCAAGAAAGCACAGGAAGCGGCUACAAAUGCAAACUACAAAAACUUGAUCCAUACCUACAAUGUUUUGCCUGAUGCUAUGAGUCUUGAAUUAGCCAAAAACAUGAUGCAGAUACAAAGUGAUAAUCAAUACAGAGCAGAAUAUGAUGAAAGCAUGAAGGGUGUUGGAUGGAUGCCACUGGGCUCCCUGGAAGCUGAGAAGAACAAAAAGGCGAUGGAAAUUGUUAGUGAAAAGAAGUAUCGCCAGCAUCCAGACAAGUUGAAGUAUUCUGUUCCUAUGGAUUCCAUGAACAUGGUCUUAGCUUUAAAUAAUGCUAAAAUCAUGGAUGAGCACAAGUACAAACAAGCAUGGGAAGAAGACAAAAAGAAAGUUCACAUCACACCAGAUAUUCCACAGAUUGCUUUAGCAAAAGCUAAUGCCUUUAAUUUAAGUGAUAAAAUGUACAGACUUUCAUUUGAAGAAUCUAGGAAGAAAGGGUAUGAUCUCAGAGCUGAUGCUAUCCCUAUUAAAGCUGCCAAAGCUUCUAGGGAUAUUGCUAGUGAUUAUAAAUACAAAUUAGGUUAUGAACAAGACAAGGGAAAACUUGUAGGCUUCCGCAGCCUUCAGGAUGAUCCCAAACUUGUCCAUUAUAUGCAAGUGGCUAAGAUGCAGUCUGAUCGUGAAUAUAAGAAGGCUUACGAGAUGAGCAAGACACAUUACCAAACGCCUUCUGAUACACUCAGCAUCGUGGCAGCUAAGGAGGCACAAGAUCGUGUAACCAAUACUAACUACAAACGACUGAUUCACCAAUAUAUGCUUCUACCAGAUGCAAUGAGUUUAGAACUGUACAGAAACAUGAAUCAGAUACAAAGUGAUAAUGAGUACAAGCAGGAUUACAAUGAGUGGUUCAAAGGUAUCGGUUGGAGUCCUGCUGGUUCUCUGGAUGUGGAGAAAUCUAAGAAAGCCACAGAAAUUGCAAGUGAUCGGAAAUAUCGCCAGCAUCCCAGCAUGUUUCCCUUUACAAAACAGAAUGAUGCCAUGGACAUGGUCCUUGCAAAGCAGAAUGCAAAUAUGAUGAACAAACAUGCAUAUACUCAGGCUUGGGAGAAGGAUAAAAUUCAGGUUCAUGUGAUGCCAGAUACACCAGAUAUUCUACAGGCAAAACAGAACAAGGCGAACUACAGUCAGAAACUAUACAAGCUUGGCUGGCAGGAAAUGAUAAAGAAAGGCUAUGACCUCACACCUGAAGCCAUUUCAGUGAAAGCUGCCAAAGCUUCAAGGGACAUUGCAAGUGAUUACAAGUACAAAGAAGGUUACCGCAAGCAGCAGGGACAUCACAUUGGAUUCCGCAGCUUACAGGAUGAUCCUAAGAUGUUGUGGUCUAUGCAAGUAGCUAAGAUGCAGAGUGAGAGAGAGUACAAGAAAGAUUUUGAAAAGUGGAAGACAAAGUUUAAUAUGCCCGUGGAUAUGUUAGGCUUUCUUCUGGCUAAGAAAUGUCAGGAAUUGGUUAGUGAUAUAGACUACAAACAUGUGCUGCACCGCUGGACUUGUCUGCCAGACCAGAUUGAUGUCACCCAGGCAAAGACGGUCUACGAACUACAGAGUGAUAAUGUAUAUAAGUCAGAUCUGCAAUGGCUCAGAGGGCUUGGAUGGAGUCCUUUAGGAUCUUUGGAAUCUGAAAAGAACAAGAAAGCUUCUGAAAUACUGAGUGAAAAGAAGUACCGGCAGCACCCAGAUACUAUUAAGUUCACAAGUAUCCCAGAUGCCAUGGAUAUCACUUUAGCAAAAUCUAAUGCCAAAAAUAGAAGUGAUAUACUGUAUAGAGAGGCUUGGGACAAGGACAAGACUCAGGUUCACAUCAUGCCUGAUACUCCUGAAAUUUUGCUGGCUAAAUCAAACUUACUUAACACAAGUGAUAAACAUUACAAGUUAGGAUAUGAAGAGCUGAAGAGGAAAGGCUAUGAUCUUCCUCCUGAUGCUAUACCGAUCAAGUCAGCAAAGGCAUCCAGAGACAUAGCUAGUGAAUACCAAUACAAAACCGGGUACCGAAAGCAGCUUGGCCACCACAUAGGAGCCCGUAACGUAGAGGAUGAUCCAAAGAUGAUGUGGUCGAUGCACGUAGCCAAGAUCCAGAGUGACAGGGAGUACAAGAAAGCCUUUGAGAAGACAAAGACACACUUCAGUAGCCCAGUGGACAUGCUGGGAAUCGUGCUGGCCAAGAAAUGUCAGGAGCUGGUCAGCGACAUUGAUUACAAGCAUCUUCUGCAUCGGUGGACCUGUCUGCCGGACCAGAACGAUGUUGUACAAGCCAGGAAAGUGUACGACCUUCAGAGUGAUAAUGUGUACAAGUCCGACCUUCUGUGGCUGAGGGGCAUUGGCUGGUCCCCCAGUGGUUCGCUGGACGAUGAGAAGAACAAGAGGGCGAGCCUCAUCCUGAGUGACAAGAAGUAUCGGCAACACCCGGACACCAUCAAAUUCACGAGCAUUCCUGACUCGAUGCCUAUGGUUCUGGCAAAGCACAACUCUGAAAUUAUGAACCAACGCGCGUACACGUCAGCCUGGGAGAAGGAUAAAACCAGCGUUCACAUUAUGCCGGAUACACCUGGUAUUUUGCUGGCCCAGCAGAACAAAGUGAACUUCAGUGAGAAACUGUACAAGCUUGCGAUGGAGGAAGAGAAGAAAAAGGGCUACGACAUGCGAGCAGAUGCCAUUCCUAUCAAGUCUGCUAAAGCUUCCAGAGACAUUGCAAGUGAUUACAAGUAUAAAGAAGGCUAUCGCAAGCAGCUCGGUCACCAUAUUGGAGCCCGAAAUAUAGAGGAUGAUCCAAAGAUGAUGUGGUCGAUGCACGUAGCCAAGAUCCAGAGUGACAGGGAGUACAAGAAAGCCUUUGAGAAGACAAAGACACACUUCAGUAGCCCAGUGGACAUGCUGGGAAUCGUGCUGGCCAAGAAAUGUCAGGAGCUGGUCAGCGACAUUGAUUACAAGCAUCUUCUGCAUCGGUGGACCUGUCUGCCGGACCAGAACGAUGUUGUACAAGCCAGGAAAGUGUACGACCUUCAGAGUGAUAAUGUGUACAAGUCCGACCUUCUGUGGCUGAGGGGCAUUGGCUGGUCCCCCAGUGGUUCGCUGGACGAUGAGAAGAACAAGAGGGCGAGCCUCAUCCUGAGUGACAAGAAGUAUCGGCAACACCCGGACACCAUCAAAUUCACGAGCAUUCCUGACUCGAUGCCUAUGGUUCUGGCAAAGCACAACUCUGAAAUUAUGAACCAACGCGCGUACACGUCAGCCUGGGAGAAGGAUAAAACCAGCGUUCACAUUAUGCCGGAUACACCUGGUAUUUUGCUGGCCCAGCAGAACAAAGUGAACUUCAGUGAGAAACUGUACAAGCUUGCGAUGGAGGAAGAGAAGAAAAAGGGCUACGACAUGCGAGCAGAUGCCAUUCCUAUCAAGUCUGCUAAAGCUUCCAGAGACAUUGCAAGUGAUUACAAGUAUAAAGAAGGCUAUCGCAAGCAGCUCGGUCACCAUAUUGGAGCCCGAAAUAUAGAGGAUGAUCCAAAGAUGAUGUGGUCGAUGCACGUAGCCAAGAUCCAGAGUGACAGGGAGUACAAGAAAGCCUUUGAGAAGACAAAGACACACUUCAGUAGCCCAGUGGACAUGCUGGGAAUCGUGCUGGCCAAGAAAUGUCAGGAGCUGGUCAGCGACAUUGAUUACAAGCAUCUUCUGCAUCGGUGGACCUGUCUGCCGGACCAGAACGAUGUUGUACAAGCCAGGAAAGUGUACGACCUUCAGAGUGAUAAUGUGUACAAGUCCGACCUUCUGUGGCUGAGGGGCAUUGGCUGGUCCCCCAGUGGUUCGCUGGACGAUGAGAAGAACAAGAGGGCGAGCCUCAUCCUGAGUGACAAGAAGUAUCGGCAACACCCGGACACCAUCAAAUUCACGAGCAUUCCUGACUCGAUGCCUAUGGUUCUGGCAAAGCACAACUCUGAAAUUAUGAACCAACGCGCGUACACGUCAGCCUGGGAGAAGGAUAAAACCAGCGUUCACAUUAUGCCGGAUACACCUGGUAUUUUGCUGGCCCAGCAGAACAAAGUGAACUUCAGUGAGAAACUGUACAAGCUUGCGAUGGAGGAAGAGAAGAAAAAGGGCUACGACAUGCGAGCAGAUGCCAUUCCUAUCAAGUCUGCUAAAGCUUCCAGAGACAUUGCAAGUGAUUACAAGUAUAAAGAAGGCUAUCGCAAGCAGCUCGGUCACCAUAUUGGAGCCCGAAAUAUAGAGGAUGAUCCAAAGAUGAUGUGGUCGAUGCACGUAGCCAAGAUCCAGAGUGACAGGGAGUACAAGAAAGCCUUUGAGAAGACAAAGACACACUUCAGUAGCCCAGUGGACAUGCUGGGAAUCGUGCUGGCCAAGAAAUGUCAGGAGCUGGUCAGCGACAUUGAUUACAAGCAUCUUCUGCAUCGGUGGACCUGUCUGCCGGACCAGAACGAUGUUGUACAAGCCAGGAAAGUGUACGACCUUCAGAGUGAUAAUGUGUACAAGUCCGACCUUCUGUGGCUGAGGGGCAUUGGCUGGUCCCCCAGUGGUUCGCUGGACGAUGAGAAGAACAAGAGGGCGAGCCUCAUCCUGAGUGACAAGAAGUAUCGGCAACACCCGGACACCAUCAAAUUCACGAGCAUUCCUGACUCGAUGCCUAUGGUUCUGGCAAAGCACAACUCUGAAAUUAUGAACCAACGCGCGUACACGUCAGCCUGGGAGAAGGAUAAAACCAGCGUUCACAUUAUGCCGGAUACACCUGGUAUUUUGCUGGCCCAGCAGAACAAAGUGAACUUCAGUGAGAAACUGUACAAGCUUGCGAUGGAGGAAGAGAAGAAAAAGGGCUACGACAUGCGAGCAGAUGCCAUUCCUAUCAAGUCUGCUAAAGCUUCCAGAGACAUUGCAAGUGAUUACAAGUAUAAAGAAGGCUAUCGUAAGCAGCUUGGUCACCAUAUCGGAGCCCGUAACAUAGAGGAUGAUCCAAAGAUGAUGUGGUCAAUGCAUGUAGCCAAGAUCCAGAGUGACAGGGAGUACAAGAAAGCCUUUGAGAAGACAAAGACACACUUCAGUAGCCCAGUGGACAUGCUGGGAAUCGUGUUGGCCAAGAAAUGUCAGGAGCUGGUCAGCGAUGUUGAUUACCGCCACUAUCUGCAUCAGUGGAUCUGUCUGCCGGACCAGAAUGAUGUUAUCCAUGCUAAGAAAGCCUAUGAUCUACAAAGUGAUAACUGCUACAAGUCUGACCUUGAAUGGUUGCGAGGCAUUGGUUGGGUCCCACUUGGUUCCUUGGAGGUUGAAAAAGCCAAGAAGGCAGGGGAGAUCCUGAGUGAUAAACUAUACCGUCAGCCUCCGGACACAAUCAAGUUUACUAGCGUCACUGAUUCUCUAGAGAUGGUCUUAGCCAAGCAGAAUGCAGAGACAAUGAAUAAGCGUUUAUAUACUGAGGCCUGGGAUAAAGACAAGACACAAAUCCACAUAAUGCCUGACACACCUGAAAUCACACUGGCAAAACAGAACAUGCAAAACUACAGUGUGAAACUCUACAAAGAGGCCAUGGAAGAAGCAAAAAAGAAAGGCUAUGAUUUGAGAAGUGAUGCUAUCCCCAUUCAAGCUGCCAAAGCAUCCAGGGAAAUUGCCAGCGAUUACAAAUACAAAGAAGGCUAUCGCAAGCAGCUUGGCCACCACAUAGGGGCCCGUAACAUAGAGGAUGAUCCAAAGAUGAUGUGGUCGAUGCACGUAGCCAAGAUCCAGAGUGACAGGGAGUACAAGAAAGCCUUUGAGAAGACAAAGACACACUUCAGUAGCCCAGUGGACAUGCUGGGAAUCGUGUUGGCCAAGAAAUGUCAGGAGCUGGUCAGCGAUGUUGAUUACCGCCACUAUCUGCAUCAGUGGAUCUGUCUGCCGGACCAGAAUGAUGUUAUCCAUGCUAAGAAAGCCUAUGAUCUACAGAGUGAUAACUGCUACAAGUCUGACCUUGAAUGGUUGCGAGGCAUUGGUUGGGUCCCACUUGGUUCCUUGGAGGUUGAAAAAGCCAAGAAGGCAGGGGAGAUCCUGAGUGAUAAACUAUACCGUCAGCCUCCGGACACAAUCAAGUUUACUAGCGUCACUGAUUCUCUAGAGAUGGUCUUAGCCAAGCAGAAUGCAGAGACAAUGAAUAAGCAUUUAUACACUGAAGCAUGGAAUAAAGAUAAGACCAUGGUUCAUGUCAUGCCUGACACACCAGAAAUCCUGCUAGCUAAACAAAACCAAUUAAAUUACAGUCAGAAAAUGUACAAAUUAGCUUUGGAGGAAUCGAAGAAGAAGGGUCAUGAUUUGCGUUUUGAUGCCAUUCCUAUUCAAGCUGCCAAAGCAUCCAGAGAGAUUGCCAGUGAUUACAAAUACAAAGAAGGCUAUCGCAAGCAGCUUGGCCACCACAUAGGGGCCCGUAACAUAGAGGAUGAUCCAAAGAUGAUGUGGUCGAUGCACGUAGCCAAGAUCCAGAGUGACAGGGAGUACAAGAAAGCCUUUGAGAAGACAAAGACACACUUCAGUAGCCCAGUGGACAUGCUGGGAAUCGUGUUGGCCAAGAAAUGUCAGGAGCUGGUCAGCGAUGUUGAUUACCGCCACUAUCUGCAUCAGUGGAUCUGUCUGCCGGACCAGAAUGAUGUUAUCCAUGCUAAGAAAGCCUAUGAUCUACAGAGUGAUGCUGUUUACAAAUCAGACCUGGAAUGGCUAAGAGGUAUUGGAUGGGUUCCUAUUGGUUCCAUGGAGGUUGAAAAAGCCAAGAAAGCUGGAGAAAUCCUGAGUGAAAGGAAGUAUCGUCAACCAGCAGACCAAAUUAAAUUUACUAGUGUGACAGAUUCUUUGGCCAUGGUCUUAGCCAAGCAAAAUGCUGAGAUAAUGAACAAGCGUUUAUACACAGAAGCCUGGGAUGCAGACAAAACAUCAAUUCACGUCAUGCCUGACACACCGGAUAUUUUGUUAGCGAAGGCCAAUGCAGCUAAUGUUAGCCAUAAACUUUAUAUACAAGCCUGGGAAGAGGCCAAAAAGAAGGGUUAUGAUAUGAGGGCUGAUGCAAUUCCAAUCCGAAGUGCAAAGGCAUCAAGAGAUAUUGCGAGUGAUUACAAGUACAAAGAAACGCACGAGAAGCAGAAAGGCCACUACAUCGGGUGCCGAACUGCCCAGGAGGAUCCCAAACUGUCGUGGGCUGCGCGUGCCAUGUUGCUGCAGAACGACCGAAUUUACAGGAAGGCGUACCAUGACUCAAAGGCCCAGAUCCACAUACCAGUCGACGCAAUGUCAGUGCAGGCAGCCAAGGAGUGCCAGAAUCUAGUCAGUGAUGUUGACUACCGCCAGUACUUUCACCAGUGGACCUGUCUGCCUGACCAGAAUGACGUGAUCCAUGCAAGGAAGGCCUACGACCUACAGAGUGAUAAUGUGUACAAGUCAGACCUGGAAUGGUUGCGAGGCAUUGGCUGGUUGACAGAAGGUUCUGUGGACGUGGUCAAAGCAAAGAAAGCCCAGGAGCUCCUGAACGAGAGGUUGUACCGCACACGGCCAGAGGAGUUGAAAUUCACUAGCGUUACUGACUCGCCAGACGUCGUCCAGGCUAAGAUCAAUGCUUUGCAGAUCAGUGACCAUCUGUAUCGUGAAGCCUGGGACAGAGACAAGACGCAGAUUACCAUACCUUCUGAUACUCCUGUAAUGCUGCAGUCCAAAGUCAAUGCUCUCAACAUCAGCAACAAACAUUAUCAGAAGGCCUGGGAUGAGGCCAAGGCGAAAAGCUAUGACUUAAGAGCUGAUGCCAUUCCCAUCAAACAAGCAAAGGCUUCCAGAGACAUUGCUAGUGAGUACAAGUACAAAGAAACGCACGAGAAGCAGAAAGGCCACUACAUCGGGUGCCGAACUGCCCAGGAGGAUCCCAAACUGUCGUGGGCUGCGCGUGCCAUGUUGCUGCAGAACGACCGAAUUUACAGGAAGGCGUACCAUGACUCAAAGGCCCAGAUCCACAUACCAGUCGACGCAAUGUCAGUGCAGGCAGCCAAGGAGUGCCAGAAUCUAGUCAGUGAUGUUGACUACCGCCAGUACUUUCACCAGUGGACCUGUCUGCCUGACCAGAAUGACGUGAUCCAUGCAAGGAAGGCCUACGACCUACAGAGUGAUAAUGUGUACAAGUCAGACCUGGAAUGGUUGCGAGGCAUUGGCUGGUUGACAGAAGGUUCUGUGGACGUGGUCAAAGCAAAGAAAGCCCAGGAGCUCCUGAACGAGAGGUUGUACCGCACACGGCCAGAGGAGUUGAAAUUCACUAGCGUUACUGACUCGCCAGACGUCGUCCAGGCUAAGAUCAAUGCUUUGCAGAUCAGUGACCAUCUGUAUCGUGAAGCCUGGGACAGAGACAAGACGCAGAUUACCAUACCUUCUGAUACUCCUGUAAUGCUGCAGUCCAAAGUCAAUGCUCUCAACAUCAGCAACAAACAUUAUCAGAAGGCCUGGGAUGAGGCCAAGGCGAAAAGCUAUGACUUAAGAGCUGAUGCCAUUCCCAUCAAACAAGCAAAGGCUUCCAGAGACAUUGCUAGUGAGUACAAGUACAAAGAAACGCACGAGAAGCAGAAAGGCCACUACAUCGGGUGCCGAACUGCCCAGGAGGAUCCCAAACUGUCGUGGGCUGCGCGUGCCAUGUUGCUGCAGAACGACCGAAUUUACAGGAAGGCGUACCAUGACUCAAAGGCCCAGAUCCACAUACCAGUCGACGCAAUGUCAGUGCAGGCAGCCAAGGAGUGCCAGAAUCUAGUCAGUGAUGUUGACUACCGCCAGUACUUUCACCAGUGGACCUGUCUGCCUGACCAGAAUGACGUGAUCCAUGCAAGGAAGGCCUACGACCUACAGAGUGAUAAUGUGUACAAGUCAGACCUGGAAUGGUUGCGAGGCAUUGGCUGGUUGACAGAAGGUUCUGUGGACGUGGUCAAAGCAAAGAAAGCCCAGGAGCUCCUGAACGAGAGGUUGUACCGCACACGGCCAGAGGAGUUGAAAUUCACUAGCGUUACUGACUCGCCAGACGUCGUCCAGGCUAAGAUCAAUGCUUUGCAGAUCAGUGACCAUCUGUAUCGUGAAGCCUGGGACAGAGACAAGACGCAGAUUACCAUACCUUCUGAUACUCCUGUAAUGCUGCAGUCCAAAGUCAAUGCUCUCAACAUCAGCAACAAACAUUAUCAGAAGGCCUGGGAUGAGGCCAAGGCGAAAAGCUAUGACUUAAGAGCUGAUGCCAUUCCCAUCAAACAAGCAAAGGCUUCCAGAGACAUUGCUAGUGAGUACAAGUACAAAGAAACGCACGAGAAGCAGAAAGGCCACUACAUCGGGUGCCGAACUGCCCAGGAGGAUCCCAAACUGUCGUGGGCUGCGCGUGCCAUGUUGCUGCAGAACGACCGAAUUUACAGGAAGGCGUACCAUGACUCAAAGGCCCAGAUCCACAUACCAGUCGACGCAAUGUCAGUGCAGGCAGCCAAGGAGUGCCAGAAUCUAGUCAGUGAUGUUGACUACCGCCAGUACUUUCACCAGUGGACCUGUCUGCCUGACCAGAAUGACGUGAUCCAUGCAAGGAAGGCCUACGACCUACAGAGUGAUGCUGUCUAUAAGUCAGACCUAGAGUGGCUUCGUGGAAUUGGCUGGUUGCCUAAUGACUCUCCGGAUGUUAAGAGAGCGAAGCAUGCCCAGGAUCUCCUGAGUGAUAAUGUGUAUCGUACACGUAUUGAAAGCCUGAAAUACACCAGUGUUGUUGAUUCUCCAGACGUUGUUCUAGCUAAAGUGAAUGCCGAACAAGUCAGCAUUCCAAAAUACAAAGAAGCCUGGGAAAAGGACAAGACUAUGAUCCAUAUUGUGCCAGACACACCUGAAAUCAACUUAGCCAAGACUAAUGCUGUUAAUUAUAGCCAGAAACUGUAUAAAGAAGCUUGGGAUGAGUUGAAGAUGAGUUGUGAUUUGAGAGCAGAUGCAAUCCCAAUCAAGGCAGCCAAAGCUUCUAGAGAAAUUGCUAGUGAUUAUAAAUACAAACUGGAUCAUGAGAAGCAGAAAGGACAUUAUGUUGGAGUUCCAAAUGCAAAAGCAGAUAAGAAAAUGAAGUUUGCCCUUGGCAUAGGCAAAGUUCAGAGUGAACUAGAAUACAAGAAACACUUUGCCAAAUGGAAGACACAGUGCCACCUACCAGUAGACAUGCUAUCUAUCAUAGCAGCUAAACAUGGUCAGUCUUUGGUCAGUGAUGUUGAUUACCGUCAUUACUUGCAUCAGUGGGUCUGUCUUCCAGAUCAGAAUGAUGUCAUACAGGCUAGGAAAGCCUACGAUCUUCAGAGUGAUGCUAUUUACAAAUCUGAUUUAGAAUGGUUACGGGGUAUUGGAUGGUUGCCAAAUGAUUCGGUUGGAAUCAACCAUGUCAAAUAUGCUGGAGAUCUCUUGAAUGAGAGAAAGUACCGUACAAAAGUCGAAACUCUUCCAUUUACUCCAGUGGCGGACAGAGUUGAUUAUAUCACAGCAAAGAAUAGUGGUGAAAUUCGUAGUGAUAUUAAAUACCACAAGGCAUGGAAUGAGGUCAAGUCAAAUUAUACUCUAACAGAUACGCCACAGCUAGAUAUGGCCCGAGAGGCAGCCAGAAUCCUUAAUCAGAAUUUAUACAAGGAGAGUUGGGAGAAAGAAAAAGCCACUGGUUACCUCUUACCUCCUGACACUGUGCAGAUCUGUCAUGCCAAACGCUCAAAUGAUGUCCAAAGCGAGCUUAAAUACAAAGCUGACUACGUCAAACAAAGAGGUCACUAUGUUGGAGUUCCCAGUAUGAGAGAUGAUCCAAAACUGGUGUGGUUUGAGCAUGCAGGCGAGAUCCAGAAUGACAGGUUGUACAAAUCAGACUAUCACAAAACAAAGUCCAGAGUUCACAUCCCUCCGGAUAUGGUGUCAGUUGUAGCAGCAAAGGAAUGUCAGACCUUGGUCAGCGAUAUUGACUACCGCCAAUACCUGCAUGAAUGGACAUGCCAUCCUGACCAGAAUGACUGUAUUCAGGCAAGGAAGGCCUAUGAUCUGCAAAGUGAUAAUCUUUAUAAAUCUGAUUUGGAAUGGCUUCGUGGCUGUGGUUGGAUUCCUCUGGAUUCAGUGGAACAUAAGAAAGUUAAGAAUGCACAAGAACUGAUAAAUAAGAGAGCAUAUACAAAAGAAGCCCUUGAUAAUUUUUCCAAUUAUACCAGUGUGGUUGACACUCCCGACAUUGUUUUGGCAAAGAUUAAUUCUGUCAAUCAGAGUGAUUUAAAAUACAAGGAAACAUUUAACCUUGAAAAAGGCCAGUAUAUUGGGUCUGAUGAUACUCCUGCGCUGAACCAUGCCAAAGAUAUGUCCUUACUAUACAGUGAUAAACUCUAUAAAAAAGCUUGGGAAAUCAGCAAGCCCAUUGGAUAUACUUUGGAUGAGAAAUAUAUUCCAGUUGUUGGAGCGAAGCGUGCAAACUACAUAAAUAGUGAGCUUAAAUAUAAGGAAAUAUAUGAGAAGCUGAAAGGCCAUUACCUGGCUGGGAAGGAGAUUGGUGAUUUCCCUAGUGUCAUUCAUUCGCUAGCAUUCCAGAAAAUGAGGAGCGCGUUGGCAUACAGAAAGAAUUAUGAAGACACCAAAGCAAAUGUCCAUAUUCCAAGUGACAUGAUGAAUCACGUGCUAGCCAAGAAGUGCCAGUAUAUACUCAGUGAUCUUGAAUACCGAACUUACUUCCAUCAGUGGAAUUGUUCACCUGAAGAAAAUGAUGUUGUUCAAGCCAGAAAAGCCCAGGAAAUUUUGAGUGAUGUGGUGUAUAAAGAUGACUUAAAUUGGCUGAAGGGACUUGGAUGUUACGUCUGGGAUACUCCACAAAUCCUGCAUGCUAAAAAAUCCUAUGACCUCCAGAGCCAAAUAAAAUAUACAGCAGCAGGAAAAGAGAAUUUGCAGAACUUUGGUGUUGUUACUGACACACCUCUCUAUGUGACUGCAGUGCAGAGUGGUGUAAAUGCUAGUGAUGUGAAAUACAAGCAAGAUUACCACAAAACGAAGGACAAGUAUACAACUGUGACUGAAACAGUGGAUUCUGAAAGAGUUCAAAAUUUGAAACAUCUCUUUAGCAAUAAUCUCUACAAGAAAGCCUGGGAAAAAGUGAAAGCUACUGGCUAUAUAAUGCCCUCUGAUGCUGUAUCCCUAGCUCGUGCAAAAGAACUGAAGCAUAAUGCUAGUAUUGUAAAAUACCGAGAAGAAUAUGACAAGUUUAAAGCACUGUACACGCUACCCAGAGGUGUUGAGGAUGAUCCCAAUACAGCAAGGUGCCUUAGAGUUGGAAAACUUAAUAUUGAUCGUCUGUACAAGGAAGUCUAUGAAAAGAAUAAAGCCAAAAUCCACAUUAUUCCUGACAUGGUGGACAUAAUUUCUGCUAAGGACGCACAGAAGAAAGUCAGUGAAAUUGAUUACCGCACACAUCUCCAUGAAUGGAUCUGUCUUCCAGAUCUUCAAAUCAAUGCCCAUGUUCGAAAAGUAACUGAUCAAGUCAGUGAUGUGUUAUAUAAGGAUGAUCUUAACUGGCUGAAAGGCAUUGGCUGCUUUGUAUGGGACACUCCUGAAAUUCUCCAUGCCAAACAUGCCUAUGAUCUUCGCAGUGAUAUUAAGUACAAAUCUAAGGCAGAAAAAAUGAAAAGUGACUACACUGUGGUCAUGGAAACUCCUGUCUAUGUCCAGAAUGUCCUCAGUGGCUUGAAUUUAAGUGAAGCUGUCUAUCGUGGUGCGUAUAUGCACAAUGUUAAAGGCAAAAUGAUUCCUACUGAUAAAACAGUAGAUUUGGAGCGGGCAUAUCGUGCGAACAAAAUACAGAGUGAAAAUUUGUAUCGCUGGGCUGGUGUGAAUGCUCUACCUACUGGAUACACCCUUCCCACAGAUACUCCCAGCUUUCAGCAUGCUAAACAUGUCCAAUACAUCGGCAGUGAUCUGAAAUAUAAAGAAGCUUAUGAACACAUGAAAGCUAAAGGAUAUACUCUGGGACCUAAAGAUGUUGGGUUUGAAAAUGUGAAGAAAGUGAAUCAAGUCAUUAAUGAGAGGUUGUAUCGGGCAACAUACCACAAGUACAAGGACAAGAUUCAUACCACUCCAGACACACCAGAAAUACGUCAAGUCAGAGCAACGCAGGAAGCUGUCAGUGAUCUGAUCUACAAGUCAGAUUUCUUUAGGAUGCAGGGACACUUGAUUUCAUUGCCAUACACUCCUCAGGUGUUGCACUGCCGCUAUGUUGGGGACAUCACAAGUGAUAAUAAAUACAAGGAGGAUCUAAAGUGGUUGAAGGGCUUGGGUUGCUUUCUGUAUGAUACUCCUGAUAUGGUCCGUGCUCGUCAUCUGCGUAAGCUUUGGUCUAAUUAUAUAUACACGGAUACUGCAAAGAAGAUGUGGGCUAAAUACAAUGUGGUAUUGGAUACUCCUGGAUACAGAGCAGUUCAGGAACUAAAAACCCAUUUGAGUGAACUGGUUUACAGAGCUGCAGGCAAGGAGCUGAAGACAAAAUACACUUCCAUCCUUGAUACACCUGACUUCUUAAGAGCCAAGCAAGGACAAAAAAUACAAAGCCAGUACUUGUACGUGGAACUUGCCACAAAAGAGAGACCUCAUCAUCAUGCUGGUGGUCAGACUCCAGCCUUUACCCAUGCUAGGCACGUAAAGGACAUGGUCAGUGAGAAAAAGUAUAAAACCCAGUAUGAGAAGAUGAAGGACAAAUACACGCCUGUCCCGGACACACCAAUCUUGAUCAGAGCCAAGAGAGCAUACCUGAAUGCCAGUGAUUUGCGCUACAAAGAAACCUUUGAGAAUACUAAGGGCAAAUACCACACAGUGAAAGAUGCUUUGGAUAUUGUCUAUCAUCGAAAGGUCACCGAUGAUAUUAGCAGUGUGAAAUAUAAGGAAAAUUAUAUGAGCCAGUUAGGAAUCUGGAGAUCAAUCCCAGACCGUCCAGAGCAUUUCCAUCAUCGCGCAGUCACGGAUGCUAUUAGUGAUGUUAAAUACAAGGAAGACUUAUCAUGUCUCAGAGGCAUUGGCUGUUAUGCAUGGGAUACUCCAAGUUUUGCUCUGGCAGAAAAGAAUAAGGUGCUCUACAGUGGGUGUAAGUACAAGGAGAUAUUUGAGAAGACUAAGUCUCAGUUUCAGUAUGUAGCUGACUCUCCAAUUAACAAGCAUUUUAAACAUGCAACUCAGUUGAUGGAUGGGAAAUUAUAUAAAGCUGCCUAUGAGAAGCUCAAAGAUAGGUACAGCGUUAUUGUGGAUGAUCCUAGGAACCUCCUGGCCAAGUGGGGGACUACACUGAGCAGUCAGGUUGAAUACAAAAAGGACUAUGAAAAGAAGAAGGACAAGUAUACUAUGGUUGUGGAUACUCCAGAACACUUAAGGACUACAAAAGUCAACAAACAGAUUAGUGAUAUUAUUUACAAGUUGGAAUAUAACAAAGAGAAGCCUAAAGGCUAUACUACAAUCCAUGAUACACCUAUGUUAUUGCAUGUGCGCAAGGUCAAGGACAGAAUAAGUGAUCUGAAAUACAAAGAAGUGUAUGAGAGGAAUAAAUCUCACUGCAAUGUCAUAGCAGAUUCAGUUCAUAUUAAGACUCCAAGGCAUGCUUACAAGCUAAACAGCAAUCUGGAUUAUAAGAAGAAAUAUGAAGCAGCCAAGGCUCAUUGGCACUGGAUUGCUGAUAGGCCUGAUUUUGUUCAAGCAGCCAAGUCAUCUCUGCAACAGAGUGAUUAUGAAUAUAAACUGGACCGGGAAUUCCUAAAGGGAUGCAAACUCUCCGUCACAGAUGAUAAAAACACAGUAUUGGCCUUAAAUAAUGCCAUCCUGGCAAGUGAUAUAAAAUACAAAGAGAAGCACAACAAAGCUCGGGGAACGUACCUUGUUGUUCCAGAUACACCUCAGAUCCUCCUGGCUAAGAACGUCAGCUCUCUUGUAUCUGAGAACAAAUACAAAGAACAGAGCAAGAAGCAGCUUCCACAUGGAUCUUAUACAACCCUGCCAGAGACACGAGACACUGUUCAUGUGAAAGAGGUGACCAAGAAUGUCAGCGAGACAAACUACAAAGAGAAGUUUGUGAAGGACAAAGGCAAGUCUAAUUAUUCUGUCAUGCUGGAGCCUCCCGAAGUGAAACAUGCCAUGGAAGUUGCUAAAAAACAGAGCACAAUUGAAUACAAGAAAGAUGCCAAGUCCAAGCUCCACUACACCCCUAUAGCAGAUCGACCAGAUAUUAAGAAAGCAACUCAGGCUGCCAAGUUAAUUAGUAAUAUUGAAUAUAAAAAGCGUGGAGAAGCUGGCAUUGGUGUAACCAUGCUGGGACGUCCAGAUAUUGAACUGGCAAAGGAGGUGUCCAAGCUAACUAGCCAGGUGAAAUACAAGGAGAAUUUUUCCAAAGAGAUGGGUAAAAAGCCAAAGUAUGAUUUAAAGGAGGCUAAAAUCUACAAGACCAUGAAAGACGCUCACAACAUGGCUAGUGAGGUGAAAUACAAGGCAGAUUUAAAGAAACUUCAUAAGCCUGUCACAGACAUGUCCGAAUCGCUGAUCAUGAACCAUGUCCUGAGUACAAGCCAGCUCGCCAGUGCUUACCAGUACAAGAAGCAAUAUGAGAAGAGUAAGGGUCACUACCAUGUGGUGCCAGAUAAUCUUGAACAGGUUCAUCUAAGGGAGGCAUCAGAACUACAGAGCCACGUGAAAUACAGAGAAAAGUAUGAGAAGGAAAAAGGAAAACCUAUGUUGGACUUUGAAACUCCAACAUACCUUACUGCAAAGGAAUCUCAGCUCAUGCAGAGUGAGAAAGAAUAUAAGAAGGACUUUGAAGAGUCCAUUAAGGGGAGGAACCUCACUGGCUUGGAGAUUACACCAUCCUUAUUACAUGUCAAAUAUGCAACCAAAAUAGCAAGCGAGAAAGAGUACAGGAAGGAUCUGGAGGAAGGUGUCAAAGGUAAAGGACUAACAGCUUUAGAGGAAACUCCAGACAUGUUAAGAGCGAAGAAUGCAACUCAAAUCCUGAACGAGAAAGAGUACAAAAAAGCCUUGGAAUUAGAAAUCAGAGGAAAAGGUCUGACAGAACUGGCUUUGGAGACACCAGAUUUUGUGAGAGCAAAGAAUGCCACUGACAUUGCCAGCCAGAUCAAAUAUAAACAAUUGGCAGAAAUGGAGAAAGCCAACUACACCAGUGUUGUCGAUACUCCAGAGAUUAUUCAUGCCCAGCAGGUCAAGAACCUUUCGAGCCAGAAAAGGUAUAAGGAAGAUGCAGAAAGGACUAUGCCAUACUAUGUGCCUGUAGCAGACACACCAGAAAUGCAGAGAGUCCGUGAGAAUCAAAAGAACUUUAGCACACUUCAGUAUCAGUGGGACCUACAGAACAGUAAAGGAAAAGUUACAGUUGUACAAGACACACCAGAAAUGCUGCGUGUGAAAGAAAACCAGAAGAAUUUCAGCUCGAUUUUAUAUAAAGAAGAUAUUGGAACCGGAACUACUAUUGAAAAGACGCCAGAGAUGCAGAGAGUUAAACAAACCCAGGAUGCAAUCAGCUCGAUUAAGUACAAGGAGAGUAUUGGAAAAGGAACUCCAAUUCCUGAUCUUCCAGAAGUGAAGCGUGUCAAGGAGACACAGAAGCACAUCAGUUCGGUAUUGUACAAAGAGGACCUAGGGACAGGUAUCCCAACACCUGUCACUCCAGAAAUAGAGAGAGUCAAACGCAAUCAAGAACACAUUAGCUCGGUGUUAUACAAAGAGGGCUUAGGGACUGGCAUCCCAACACCGGUUACUCCAGAGAUGGAGAGAGUGAAACGUAAUCAAGAGAACAUUAGCUCGGUGUUGUACAAAGAGGGGCUGGGGAUUGGAACCCCAGUACCUGUAACUCCUGAGAUGGAGAGGGUCAAACGCAAUCAAGAAAACUUUAGCUCGGUGUUAUACAAAGAGGAUCUGGGGACAGGAACCCCAACACCUGUCACUCCUGAGAUUGAAAGAGUCAAACGCAAUCAAGAGAACUUUAGCUCGGUGUUGUACAAAGAGGAUCUGGGGACAGGAACCCCAACACCUGUCACUCCUGAGAUUGAAAGAGUUAAACGCAAUCAAGAAAACUUUAGCUCGGUGUUGUACAAAGAGGAUCUGGGGACAGGAACCCCAAUACCUGUCACUCCUGAGGUUGAGAGAGUCAAACGCAAUCAAGAACACAUUAGCUCGGUGUUGUACAAAGAAAGCGUGGGGACUGGAACCCCCACCCCUAUCACUCCAGAGAUGGAGAGGGUCAAACGCAAUCAAGAAAUCUGUAGCUCGGUGUUGUAUAAAGAAAACAUAGGGAAAGCAACCCCAACACCUGUCACUCCUGAGAUGGAGAGAGUCAAACGCAAUCAAGAAAUCAUUAGCUCGGUUUUGUACAAAGAAAAUGUGGGGAAAGUGACCCCAACACCAAUCACUCCAGAGAUGGAGAGAGUCAAACGCAAUCAAGAAAUCAUUAGCUCGGUGUUGUACAAAGAAAACCUGGGGCGAGCAACCCCCACACCUAUCACUCCAGAGAUGGAGAGAGUCAAACGCAAUCAAGAACACAUUAGCUCGGUUGUAUACAAAGAAGGCUUAGGGAAGGCAACCCCUACACCGGUCACUCCAGAGAUGGAGAGAGUCAAACGCAAUCAAGAACACAUUAGCUCGGUUGUAUACAAAGAAGGCUUAGGGAAGGCAACCCCUACACCGGUCACUCCAGAGAUGGAGAGAGUCAAACGCAAUCAAGAACACAUUAGCUCGGUUUUGUACAAGGAACAUCUGGCAAAAGGAACUCCAACACCAAUGACUCCAGAGAUGGAGAGAGCUAAACGCAAUCAAGAAAACAUCAGCUCGGUUCUUUAUUCAGAUAGUUUCCGAAAACAAGUACAAGGCAAAGCUGCGUAUGUGCUGGAUACACCUGAAAUGCGGCGUGUACGAGAGACCCAGAAACAUAUCUCUACAGUGAAAUACCAUGAAGAUUUUGAGAAAAGCAAAGGUAGUUUCACACCUGUAGUUACUGACCCCAUUACAGAACGUGUGAAAAAGAACAUGCAGGACUUCAGUGACAUUAGCUAUAGGGGCAUUCAAAGGCGAGUAGUAGAAAUGGAGCGAAAGCGCGUGGACCAGGAUCAAGAGAAUCUCACAGGUCUUCGUGUGUGGCGCACUAAUCCCGGGUCAGUCUUUGACUACGACCCAGCAGAAGACAAUAUUCAGUCCAGAAGCUUACAUAUGAUCUCUGUCCAAGCCCAGCGCCGCAGCCGGGAGCAUUCCCGCUCUGCCAGUGCCUUGAGCCUGAGUGGUGGCGAUGAAAAAUCCGAACCCUCGGACGGCGCUGAUCAACAUUUGUCCUACUACAGCAACGGGGGCUUCUUUGCCACAACUACAACAGUGGGCUACAAACAUGCUAAAACCGUAGAGUUACCACAGCAACGGUCAUCGUCAGUUGCCACCCAGCAAACAACAGUAUCAUCGGUUCCUUCUCACCCCUCUACUGCUGGUAAGACCUACCGGGCCAUGUAUGACUAUAUGGCAGCUGAUGCUGAUGAGGUUUCCUUCAAAGAUGGUGACACAAUUGUAAACGUACAAGCAAUUGAUGAAGGCUGGAUGUAUGGGACUGUCCAGAGAACCGGCAAGACUGGCAUGCUGCCAGCCAACUACGUAGAAGCUGUCUAAACCAAAGCACGUCUUUCCAUAAAGCGUAUCUGCAUGGCACAGACAUGCCGGCACUUCUUAAAAUGUAAGCCUUAGAAAAGGGUUUGUAACACUUUGGAAAAAGUGCCUUACUGUCUUCCAUGUUGAUAGUGCCUUAUGAACCGUGAUGUGGGCAAAAAAAAACCAAACUGGGAAAAAAAAAAAGUAACUGCAGAGCAAAACAGUCUUGAAACAUCCUUGAAAAAUGUUUUUGAGAAUUACCUGUAAACACACCACUAGGCAUUGCUCAUGAGAACUGUAUUUCUUCCAGUAUCAAAAAAAAAAAAAAAAAAAUUUUAAACAUUGCCUGGACUUUCAAACAUUUCAACAUCACAUACCAUCACAAUGUUUAACUAUGCUACAACUGCAAUCCAGUUCAGCAUUUCUGAAAUUCUAUCACCUAUACAUGUACGUAAGACUAAGACUCCCACGUAUUACUUUAUUCAUUCUCCCAUAAAGAGAGUAUUUUUAUGGUCUAUUCUAAACUGUUUGAAUGUAUUCACUUCUUUUCCAUAUAAGCAACAUUUAAGCUUAGUAUCUCAAAUCAAUGUUUAGCAGGGGUGACAAACCAACCAACCCAAAACCAAAAGCCUCUCCUCCUGCUUGCUGAGCUGUUAUGCAUGUGUUUUCCAUGCAACUGUUCUGGGGUCAAAAGCUGUUAUUACUUGUAAAUUAGUGACUCAAUAAAGCUAAUGUUUCUGCAGUA